AUGGCUCCUGUCAACAACAGCUUGCCUGCUGCACUUUCUGAGUUCCUCCUCAUCUGCUUUCCUGGCUACCAGAGCUGGCAGCAUUGGCUCUCCCUGCCCCUGAGCCUGCUCUUCCUCCUGGCUAUGGCUGCCAAUGCUACUCUUCUGCUCACCAUCCGAUUAGAGAUGGUGAGGUCUCUACAUGAGCCCAUGUACUAUCUGCUCAGCCUUCUCUCUUUGCUGGAUAUUGUGCUCUGUCUCACUGUUAUCCCCAAGGUCCUGGCUAUCUUCUGGUUUGAUCUCAAGGCUAUCAGUUUCUCUGCCUGUUUCCUCCAGAUGUUUAUCAUGAACAGUUUCCUUCCCAUGGAGUCCUGCACCUGCAUGAUCAUGGCAUAUAAUCGCUAUGUGGCCAUUUGUCACCCCUUGUGCUACCCUUCCAUCAUCACUGAUCAAUUUGUGGUCAAGGCUAGUGUAUUCAUUAUUGCUAGAAAUGCUCUCAUUUCUGCACCCAUUCCCAUCUUUUCCUCUAGACUUCAUUACUGUGGGAAAAAAGUAAUCGAGCACUGUCUUUGUGCUAACUUAUGUGUGCCCAGACUUUCCUGUGACAACAUUACCCUAAAUAGACUUUACCAGUUAGUGGCUAGCUGGAUCGUAGUCAGUUCUGACCUCAUCCUCAUCUUCAUUUCUUAUACCUUUAUUCUUUGGGCUUUUUGGGAUCAAGGCUGGGAGCUGCAAAAAGGCUCCGCCUGGCCCUUUUCUCUCCUCUUCUUCCAAUCUUAUUUUUUUGACCAAUUGGAAGGGAAGGGGCCCAUGGCCCAUCCUGUCUUCUCAAUGUUUGGCCCAUCCCCCAGCCCUGCUAUUUCUGGUUUGGACAAGGAUCAAACGGGUCCCAAGUUACUGAAAAAGGUUUUCAUGGUCCUUCAACCUGCAUGUAAAGUUGGCAAAGGGUAA